GAGAUUGUGGUUUUUAGAUUUCUUGAUUAUGUCGUACGAUCUGCACCACAAACAAAUCAUGAUCGACCAGUAAAUCAUAUUAAAUCAGCAACAGUUUCUAUAAACUAUUCUCUUCAAGCACUUGUAUCGUGGCUAUUUUGUAUGCAAGAA